CAUUUUUGUCUGAAACAUUGAAUCUUUUUGCUUGUUGUGGGUUCUUUAAUGGAUCCAAGAACAAGACUCGACUAUGCUCUGUUUCAGCUCACACCAACUAGAACAAGAUGUGAUCUUGUGAUUUUCUCUGGUGGUGAGAAUGAGAAACUUGCUUCUGGGAUUUUUCAACCGUUCGUUACCCAUCUCAAGAGCGUUAGAGAUCAGAUUUCUAGAGGUGGAUACUCCGUCACUCUCCGUCCUUCUUCCGUCGGUGUUCCUUGGUUUACUAAAGUGACCCUUCAAAGAUUUGUGCGAUUUGUGACUACUCCGGAGGUUCUUGAGAGGUCUGUAACGUUAGAGAAGGAGAUUGAGCAGAUCGAGGAUUCGAUUCAAGCUAAUGCAGCCGCAAUUGCAGGUGAAGCUGAAGGAAACGAGUUGGGUGGUACAUGGACUUCUCAGAAGUCUACGGCUUUAUCAAAGAUGAAAGGGGAAACUGAUGGAGACACUGUGGAAGAAAAUUCUAAGGUUGGUCUUCAGCGUGUUUUGGAGAACCGCAAGGCGGCUUUGUGCAAAGAGCAAGCGAUGGCUUAUGCUCGAGCUUUGGUUGUUGGAUUUGAAGUGGACUACAUGGAUGACCUUUUGUCUUUCGCUGAUGCUUUUGGAGCUUCACGGUUAAGGGAAGCAUGUGUUAACUUUGUGGACUUGUGCAAGAGAAAGAACGAAGAUAGAAUGUGGGUGGACCAAAUCACGGCUAUGCAAGCAUUUCCUAGGCCUGAAUUAACGUUCAUGGGUGACUCUGGGAUCGUACUCGCUGGUGAAGAGAAUGAUUUGUUGAAUGCUACAAACGGAAAGAAUGGAAACUCUAUGGAUGCCUCGAGCCAGGGUAGCUUUGAGACUGGCCAAGAAGGGAGAGCUCAAAUGGCAAUGCCGUGGCCAAACCAGUUUCCUCAGUACAUGCAGAACUUCCAAGGACAUGGGUAUCCUCCGCCUCCUUAUAUGUUUCCGGGGAUGCAAGGCCAGUCACCAUAUUUCCCAGGGAAUAUGCAAUGGCCCGUAAAUAUGGGAGAUGUGGAGUCAAAUGAGAAGUCUUCCAAGAAGAAAAAGAAGAAGAAGAAGAACAAGAAGAAGUCGAAGCAAGAUGAAUCUGCCGAGCCAAGCGAUAAUUCCAGUACUGAGUCCGAAUCAGAAGACGGAAAUGAAGGAAAGAAACAAUCCAGGAAGGUGGUUAUCCGCAACAUAAAUUAUAUAACUUCAAAGAGGAACGGAGCGAAGGAGAGCGAUUCGGAUGAGUCUGAAGAAGAAGAUGGGUUUGUGGAUGGAGAUUCUAUCAAGCAGCAAGUAGAAGAAGCCAUUGGCUCAGUGGAGAGACGGCAUAAAUCAACUUCGCGCCGUCAGAGGAAACACAAAAGUCACAACGUUGACGAUGAUUUAAGUAACAAGGAAACUAAGGGGAAUGAUAAUUGGGAUGCCUUCCAGAAUCUUCUUUUGAAAGACAAUGACUCAGAGCCAGAAGAAUCACUACGAACAUCAUCAUCUGCGUUAAACAUGGAGUCUGAAGUUGUGAGAAAGAGAGAACCGCCUUCGGAUGAUUCAUUCUUGGUUGCAAAUGGAAAUGAGGAUUGGGGAAGAGAACCCAGCAUAGAGAAAUUCAAUGCAGGUGAGAAUGUUCGGAUGAUAAGGAAAGGGAACAACUAUGACGAUGAGAUGUUGAAUCCGGGUAGAAGCGAUGAAUCAAGAAGCUAUUCGCAGGCAGAGAUGUCGGUUUAUGAUGGGAAGCUCAGAGCCAGAAAUGAGGCAGAGGAAGACUGGUUCAUACGUAACCAAGCUGGUCUAGAAACAGAUCCAGGUCUUGUCAAAACAUUUGUUGGAGACCAUUUCCACUUAAAUAAGAGCAGUGGGGGAGAUGUCCUAACCGAUGACUCCUUCAUGAUCCAUUCUCGUGGUGAGGGCCAAGUAGAAGAGUCUCGGUUAAGGACAGAAAUCAUGGACUCAGACGUUUACGGAACCACCCAACAAGAAAACAAUGCCCAGGAGAACACUCUGCAUGAGCCAGAUGACCUUUACAUGGUUCUUGGACGGGAACAAGAUGUUAAACCUACAUUGUUACCAUGGACCCCUGAAAUUGACUUCGAGACUAACACUUUGGCUCAAAAAACAAGCAAAAUCGAUUUGGAAACUGCCACAAAGGCCUCUGCCGGUGAACAAACCUCAGAUGGUAAAGAAAAGAAGAGUCGUGGUAUCUUCAAGGGGAAGGAUGCAAAGUCAAGAGCAUCUAGUAGACCUGACCCAGCGUCAAAAGCCAAGAGACCUGCUUGGGGAAGUAGAGCUGCUGUCUCCAAGUCCAAAUCCGAGAUGGAGGAAGAGAGAAAGAAGAGAAUGGAAGAACUUUUAAUUCAGAGGCAAAAAAGAAUUGCGGAGAAGAGUUCUGGUGGUAGUGUGUCAAGUUCCUCAGCGUCCAAGAAAACUCCUCCUGCAACCAAAACAGUGAAGAGCUCAUUAAAGAGCGAGAAGACCCCAGAAGCCGCACAGUCAAAGGCUAAGCCAGUACUGAGAAGUUCCACCAUUGAGCGCCUUGCUGUUGCUCGGACCGCUCCAAAGGAGCCACAACAAAAACCAGUAAUCAAAAGAACAUCAAAACCUGCAGGAAACAAGACAGAGAAAGCUCAGGAAAAGAAAUCGAGUAAAAUAGGUCAAUCCGAUGCGAAAAGUCUGGAACUUUCUCGUGACCCGAGUCUCGAAAUCAAGGAAACAGUGGUGGAAGAUUCACAGUCUUACUUGUCUGAGAAGCAAGUUGAUGCACUUCCUGCUGCUGCUUGUGUUGAUGAUUUCAAAGACAUUAAAGAAUUGCAUAGCUUGCCAUUAGAAGAAACGGCCAGAGUAAACAACAGACCGAAUGAAAUCAUAGCCGAGGCAACCAAUCAUCAGAAAGUACAAGAUCAGACGAAGAUCGAUGAUCAGGAAACAGUCAAGAUGACAUCUGUUUCUGAAGAUAAGCAAAUCACCACGAACCAUUAUUCAGAGGAUAUCGAAGAGAUCAAGGCAUCACAGGAAAAACCAGCGUCUCCAAAGAAGUCAGUGACUUUUUCAGAGACAAAUAUGGAGGAGAAGUAUUAUUUCUCACCAGCGGUCUCAGAGAUUGACAUCUCGACGCCACCGGCGACUGAAGCAGAUCAUUCCAGGAAGAAAUGGAACAGUGAAGAGACGUCUCCCAAGGCAACAGCUAAAGUCUUCAGAAAGCUUCUUAUGUUCGGAAGGAAAAAGUAAAACCGAAGUUAGAAUUCUUCUUCUCCGACUCCGGCUUCAUCGAACCUUUGCUUUGACGACGUUGCAUGUGUUGAGUUCAGUUAAAAAGCCCGGUUUCAUAUUUUUCCUCUUUUAUUCUUUAAAUUUUUUCUUGUGUGAUAUGAAAUACUGUUUUUUAUUUUUUUGUUAUCAGUUUGAUUUGUGCCUGUUUAUAAUUACAUUGUUGAUGCGUUGUUUAUAGCAUUGAAAGUGCACAUUUGAGUGUAUAAAAAAUGGUUUGCUGAGUUUGAAUAAUGUAUAAGGUUCUUU